UCUAGCGGGUCAUCUCACAACUUUAUCCAUGUACGCUCUGAUUCCGAUCAUCGUCGUUGUAAUGGCGUAUUUUACUAACCGCGAGAUUAAUCUGCCAUCGCUACUGAAUGCAGAAUUUCUAUUUUUUGAUUUUCGAUCGAGCACAUGGAUUUGGGCGAUUGUCAUUAUCGUUACCAUCGUUUUAAGUGUGAUAAUGACGAGCGCCGUAGCUGGGCUCGAUUUUUUCAUGUGGAGCAUCUUGUUCUACAUUUGUGUUCUAUUUCGGAUCGUUAGAAUUAAAAUCGAAAAUUUGAACAUGCUGGACGAAACCGAAUGCUUGACGGAGAAUAUGACGAAAAUUAUCCAGCUACAUGAUCUUACAUUCAGAAACUCCGCCAAAGUUGAAGACGCAAUGAGAAACUUUAUUUUUCUACUACACGGAAUUUGUGUCGGAGCCUUUUGUAUGUCCAUGGUUGUUGUAUCAAUUGAACAAAACAACAACAAUCUCUUGCUGAACAUGUUGAUUCUUCUGCUUCUGAUGGUGUUUCAAAUAUUUUGCUACUCCAUGUUGGGUUCCGAAAUAGAGAGUCAGAGCAAUUCGGUUGCUGAUGCAUUGUACACAACCGACUGGUACAGCAACCGGAAACAACAAUUCGCCAUAUUGUUCAUGCUGAUGAGAUCUCAAAAAACAAGCAGCCUGCAUGCUGCAAAAUUUUUCGUCGUUACUAGAGAAUCAUUCAUGGCGGCGCUAAGGAUGGCGUUUUCAUAUUACACCAUUUUGAGACAAGUUUAUGAUCAGUAAACUAGUUUCGACAUUUUGGAUAGUUGUUGUGGAACAGAUACCUAUUGUACCGGAAAAUGUUUGAAUAUUUGUG